UAAUAGCACGCCCUACUUCUCCGUGAGUGGUGAGGUUCAUUUAGGGAAUAUUGAUACGAAUACUGUGAUCCUCGAAAAAUUUCAGAAAAGGGACUUUUUUGAAUCUUCCGUGCCAUCGGGGAGACUAUGGCGCACGCCAGGAGCUUCAGCGCGUCAUUUUUGGCUAUUUUGCUGCAAGUUUUUCUGAUUUGCUCCGCUCAGAGAGGUUCCCCAGGUCCGUUAGGGCCCCCUGGUCCUGAAGGUCUUGCUGGUUUUCCAGGAGUUGAUGGCAUUGAUGGGGACAGAGGACCUGGGCCUGGCCCGGAUGGUGGCCCUGGACCUGAUGGAGAUGAUGGCAAAAAUGGAGCAAACGGAUUGUCAGGCACCCCAGGAGCCGACGGAUUGACUGGACCUAUUGGUGAUUCUGGCACUGACGGGGCUCCUGGCCAAAAGGGUGAACCAGGGGUUCCUGGACCCCGUGGAGUGGCAGGAGUUGGGGAUGAAGGAGAGCCUGGAAUCCCAGGAGAGGAUGGGUUGGCAGGGGAACUGGGCAAGAUUGGGUCCCCGGGAGCCAGGGGAUUAAGAGGGGCACUUGGGCUUCCAGGAGCUGCAGGGCCAAGGGGUCCACCAGGAGUGUGGAAUGGGGAGGAUCUGUGUCCCACUUCCUGUCCCUCUGGUCUCUCGGGCUAUUCUGGUCUGCCAGGAAUGAAGGGUCACAAAGGUGCCAAGGGUGAAUCUGGUGAACCGGGAAAGCAAGGACACAAGGGUGAAGAGGCGGAUCAGGGAGCUCCAGGGGACCAAGGAUCACAAGGACUACCAGGUCCGGGUGGACUGAGAGGGAUCACGGGGUUGAUGGGAUCCAAGGGUGAAAGGGGUGGUCGUGGAAAAUCUGGUGAUGGUGGGCCUUUGGGUCGCGAGGGUCCCGCUGGUGACACCGGCCGUAGGGGCAAGCUUGGCGAGUCGGGCCCUAAAGGUAUCCAAGGACAUCGGGGGCCAGGAGGGAUGAGAGGCUUGCCAGGCUCCAAAGGAGAAGCUGGUUUGCAUGGACCAGAUGGCCGUGAGGGCAUCCCUGGAAUGCCAGGCGUGAAGGGCAUUACAGCGAAGGUCGGAGCUCCUGGAGAUGUUGGACUACAGGGACUUCCUGGUUUGCCAGGCAUCCCAGGGGCCAAAGGUCACUCUGGGCCAAAGGGAGGCCACGGUGAUCCCGGGGUUGCGGGAAUAAUCGGGAACUAUGGAAAAACAGGAGAGCGUGGAGACGAGGGAGAGCAGGGGCCGGUGGGACCUAGAGCUGGACCAGGCGAGAGAGGGGUGGUAGGUCCUGCUGGGCCUCCAGGACCGCCAGGUGAAAGGGGACCUAAAGGGGACCUGGGCCUUCCAGGACUUCCAGGGCCCGCUGGUUUCAUUGGUCAAAAAGGAGAUCGGGGUGCAGUUGGUCUCACAGGUCCUGAGGGUGCUCUAGGAGCUCAAGGAGAAGAAGGGACCCCCGGGAACAAAGGAGACCCAGGGGAGGAAGGUGAAUUUGGAGAAAAAGGAUCGACAGGGAAGCCAGGAGAGACUGGGAACAGAGGACCAGAGGGGGCCCGUGGCCUGCCAGGACUCUUUGGAGAAUUCGGAGAGAUUGGGCCUCGUGGCAUGCAGGGAGACCGGGGCGCACCAGGACUGACCGGAGGACAGGGUGGACCAUGUAAUGUACUUAUGAUGCACAUAUAA